GUGACUUUUUUUCAGUGAAUGGAUAAUAGAUCAGUGCUUAGUGUUACCACUGACAGUCACGAACGUGUUCUGAAAUCAUGGCGCUACUCGCGAGAAUUGCCAAAUGCGAGGCGCGCAUUGUUGUAAGGAGUUACAGCAGUAGCGUAUCCACGGUUAAGAUGUACAUAGAUGGCCAAUUCGUAGAAUCAAAGGCAACGGAAUAUACCGAUGUCCACGAUCCGGCAACGAACGAAUUGUUAUGUCGCACACCAAAAUGCACGAAACAGGAAAUGGAGCUGGCCGUUCAGAGUGCGAAGAAUGCCUACGGAAAGUGGAAGAAUUCAAGCAUACUUACAAGACAAACUUUGAUGCUCAGAUAUCAAGCACUCAUUCGCGAACACUCGAAAGAGAUUGCAGAGAAUGUAGUCAAGGAAAACGGAAAGACGAUGGCAGACGCAGAAGGAGAUGUUCUUCGAGGACUUCAGGUGGUCGACGCUUGCACCGCGAUUCCCACUCUUCAAAUGGGCGAGAGUAUGCCAAAUAUCGCCACGGAUAUGGACAUAGUUUCUUACAGAGUUCCUCUCGGCGUAACUGCCUCUAUUUGCCCGUUUAAUUUUCCUGCGAUGAUACCGCUUUGGUCGUUUCCGGUGUCGGUUGCAUGUGGAAAUGCCACCAUUUUGAAACCGUCCGAACGUGUACCAGGCGCCUCCAUGAUCCUCGCCGAUCUGUUCACCAAGGCUGGUGCUCCACCGGGUCUACUGAAUGUCAUACACGGCCAACACUCCGCUGUCGAUUUUAUCUGCGAACAUCCGGACAUCAAGGCAGUUUCUUUUGUUGGUUCUGAUCAAGCGGGGAAGUACAUUUACAAACAGAGUAGCGCACACGGCAAACGCGUGCAGUGUAACAUGGGAGCGAAGAACCAUUGCGUUGUUCUUCCGGACGCGAAUAAGAACAAAACAAUUUCACAAAUUGUGGGAGCAGCAUUUGGAGCAGCUGGUCAGAGAUGCAUGGCUCUGUCGGUCGCCAUAUUCGUUGGUAGAUCGAAGGACUGGGUGCCAGAAUUGGUGGAGGCUGCGAAAAGCUUGAAGGUGAAUGCUGGACACAUUCCUGGCACAGAUCUUGGACCAGUUAUAUCUCCUCAGUCGAAGGAAAGAAUACACAGGCUGGUGGAAUCAGGGCUGAAGGAGCAGGCCACUUUAGCUCUUGAUGGCAGAGGAUUGGUUGUCAAUGGUUUUGAGCAAGGAAACUUCGUUGGUCCCACUGUGCUGACAAAUGUGCAGCCUUCCAUGCAAUGCUACACCGAGGAAAUUUUUGGCCCCGUUCUUUCUUGUAUUUUCACCAACACUUUGGACGAGGCUAUCAACAUUAUCAAUAGAAGUCCUUACGGAAACGGAACUGCUGUUUUUACGACAAACGGUGCAACAGCCAGAACAUUUACUAACAGAAUCGAAGCCGGGCAAGUUGGUAUUAAUGUUCCCAUUCCAGUGCCAUUACCUAUGUUUAGUUUCACGGGAAAUAAAGGAUCCUUCUUGGGUGACAAUCACUUUUAUGGUAAACACGGGAUAAACUUCCAUACACAGACGAAAACAGUAACGCAAUUGUGGCGAUCUGGAGAUGCUAGUGACAUUGCAUCUUCAACAGCCAUGCCAACAAUGCAAUAAAGACUGCCUAAUUAAAAAAUUACUCAUGCUGAAUGUCUACGCUUGAACAACAUGGUUGAAGAGAAAGAAGUCGUUAUCUUUAUAUACUAGUGAUACAAAUGAAACGGAGCAAUAUCAAAUAGCGGAUAGAUUGAAAUAAUUGAAGACAGAACUACUGCAUAAAACUGAUUAAAAUUAUUAAAGAAAAAAUCAAAAAUCUUCAAAGGAGAAUAUCAGUUCCUAAUAGUAUGUAAAAAAAAAAUAAUGUCUUCCAUUACAAUUAAUACUAAUGUUUUCCACUAUAUUAUACAUAUGGGAUGAAUGAAAGAAUGUUAUUUUCAUCAAUCAAAUAGAUAUAUAUUUUCUGUUGCAUUUAAUAAUAAAGGAAUAUUCUCUGGAUUUU